ACGGGCGGAAGCACAGCUCCCCGCAGCGCCGCACCGGGGCCGCUCCACGUCGGGGCCACCAUGGCCUCCUCCAUCAGCAGCUUCUUCCGACGGAGCCUACGGCGCAGGGGCCGCAGAGUUGCCCUCAGAGGGACCAGAACCUGCUAUGUGCCAGAAGGCAAACAGGAGGCCCCUGCAGCCGACAGCAUCCCAUCUCGUGUGGCUCUGGGAAAAGCAGGAGAACGGAGCUCCGUCUUCUACUCUGCUGGGCAGUUCUUCUUUGAGUACCUGGUGGUGGUUUCACUGAAGAAGAUGUCAGAUGGACGUUAUGAACCCAAGAUAGCGUAUCAGUUCCCAAAGCGUGAGAACCUCCUGAAGGGUCAGAAGGAGGAGGAGGAGCGGCUCCUGCAGGCCAUCCCCCUCUUCUGCUUCCCCGACGGCAACAACUGGGAGCCCGUUACCACCUUCCCCAGUGAAACCUUUUCCUUCGUCCUGACGAAUGUGGAUGGCAGCAGGAAGAUCGGUUACUGCAGGCGGCUGCUGCCCUCUGGCCGUGGUGUCCGCCUCCCUGAGGUCUUCUGCAUCAUCAGCUGCCUGGGCUGCUUCGGGCUCUUCUCCAAGAUCCUGGAUGAGGUGGAGAAGAGGCGUCAGAUCUCCAUGGCUGUGAUUUACCCCUUCAUGCAGGGCCUGCGGGAAUCGCCCUUUCCAGCUCCGGGGAAAACAGUCACCAUUAAAAGCUUCAUCCCUGAGUCAGGCACAGAGCUCAUUGUGCUCACACGUCCUGUGGACGCCCACCUGGAGCACGUGGAGUUCCCAGCGCUGCUCCAGCGGCUCAGCCCCAUCCUCAUCCUGCACAUCUUCGCCUCUGCCGUGCUGGAGCGGCGCCUCAUCUUCCUGGCUGAGGAGCUGAGUGUCCUCUCGCAGUGCAUCCAUGCUGUGGCUGCUCUCCUCUACCCCUUCACGUGGGCUCACACCUACAUCCCCGUGGUCCCUGAAUGCCUCCUUGACACCGUCUGCUGCCCCACGCCCUUCAUGGUUGGCAUCCAGAUGCGGCACCUGGAGCGAGUGCUGGAGCAGCCCAUGGAGGAGGCUCUGAUAGUUGAUCUGUGCAAAGGGAAGAUCCUCAGGGCGGUGGGCGAUGAGAAGGAGAUCUUGCCCAUCAAGCUGCAGAAUGAGAUGCUGGCAUCUCUGAACAGGCACAACAGCAACAACAACAUACACACAUCCGAGCAGCUGAACGCACUCAUCUCCGAGCCCUUUGUGCAGUUCUUUGUCCGUCUGGUCGGGCAUUAUUCCUCCCACAUCAAGUGGAGUAAAAACGGCCUGGGCACCUUCCAGGAGAGAGCAUUCUGUAAGGCCAUCGCCUCCAAGACCAACCGCAGGUUUGUGAAGAAGUUUGUGAAGACCAACAUGUUCUCCUUAUUUAUUGAGGAUGCAGAGAAGAGCAGGAUCCCACAGGAAGCCUACUUCCAGCAGAAGAUAACAGAAUACCACCAGCAGAAGAAGCACCGAAGGGACUCCUGAGAGCAGCCUGAAGGGCCGGCACCCAGCAGGGCUGUGUGUUCCACCUGUGCCCAUCCAAGGGCAGAGCACUCCGGAUUCUGCUGGGUCUGUCCUGCCCGAGACUCAUGGAAAGCACCCAGCACCGGUUUCUGCCCUUUCCCUUUUUCCCCUCAGGGCACCGUUGCACUGGAAAAUAGUUUUGCACAGAGCUCACAAGCAGGCUGGGGUGUCUCCUCCCACGUGGCUGGGCCAGGAACAUGGCUCAGUGCUCAGCCCCACGCUGAGCUGCUCUGGGAACCCCAGCGCUGUGUGCUGAUGGAUGGAACCGGUCAUUGCUAAAGGACAAAAUGGACCAGUGAUGAGUAGGAAACACUGCUCAUUUCUAAGUAAGCCAAACAUAGGUUUGGCAAAUAGGUAGCAUCCUAUGGAAUAGUUUCUGAGGAUUCUGGUAUCUGCUGUCUUUGUUGGUAACGCAUGGAACCACUUCAGCUGCUUGGGGGAAUGAACUGACAGGCUACUUAUUCACAGCAUGAGCAAACCUGAAAGUCACAGGACUCUGAUCUGCAGCAGAGAGAGGAGAGCUGGGGAGGAGGAAGUGCUGGUUAACUCACAGUAAAAUGUGGCAACGUCCUCCUCACUGCUGGGUUUGAUGCCAACCCCUGCUGUAUCACUGUGCUUCAUCUCAGUGCUGCCACUGGAGCGUGAUGCCUGCAGCAGACUUAAAGUACUCUUAAAAUACCCUUACUGCUCUCCCCUUUUUCUAAUGCAUCUGCACAGGAAGCAAGGGCUGCUGCACAGACUCAGAGCUGCAGGUCUGCCUGGUUCCUCCCUGGCAGUGGACCUUCCCAGGGGAGAGAAGGGAUGAGCAGGGAGAGAUGCUGGCUUUUCCCAGCAGGAGGUGUGGAGGAAGGCAGAGCUCUGUCCUCUCCAAGGCUGCGUGGCCAAACUGCCCCAUCUUAGACAUCAUAAUAUCUCUUAAUAUGACUUCCUUCCUCCUCCACUCCCCCAUGGUGGCACUGAGCUGCUGGAGACAUUUAAUAACACGAUCCACCUGCAGAUGUUUGGUCAGAGCUGCUGGGACCCUGACAGAACUGAGGCAGAAGCAGAGGGCAUUUGUUGCAGCCCUGCACAAACAGAAGCAGCAGAAGCGCUGCUGAAGAGCAGUGAUGUGCCCAGCCAUGCUGCAAUAAGGAUGGUGACUUUUUGCUCUGCUUCUGUUUGGGUUGGGGGAGGAUGAGAGCUGUUUGUCAGGGGCACAAAGGGCCUGGGCACUGCAGGCGUCGUCUUUGCCUCCACAAGUCCCAAAUCAUGGGGAGUGAGACAGUUACCAUCAGCCUAUGGGAAAUUAAAGAGUAGUGAACGUUG